AUGAAAGCCUGGGCGAAGCAGCUGAAGAGGUCGUUCGGGGCCUCAUUUCUAUGGCUCGUUUGCUUGAUUUACUUCACUCAGGGUUUCAGAUCAUUUGUAUGGACAGCAGUUUCCUACCAGCUGAAAGACAAGCUUAAACUGUCACCAUCAGCCUCCCAGUUUGUGUCUUCAGUAGCAUUUUUCCCAUGGAGCAUUAAACCGCUAUAUGGAAUAGUAUCUGAUUGCAUCUCCAUUAGAGGAAGAAAGAGGAUACCGUACCUCAUAAUUGCCACCAUCCUCUCUCUGGUGCCAUGGCCGAUAUUAGGCCUGAAUGCAACUUUCAGGAACUCAAGCUGGCAUCUCAUGGUCUUGUUGACAGCACAAAACCUGGGUACUGCUAUGGCAGAUGUUGUGGUUGAUGCAAUGAUUGCUGAGGCUGUGCGUUCUGAGAAGGCCUCGUUUGCAGGAGAUCUGCAGUCACUUUCUUGGUUUUCAAUGGCUCUGGGUGGUAUAUGUGGAAGUCUAUUGGGAGGAUAUGCAUUAUCGAACUUACCAAUCGACAAAAUUUUCCUUCUUUUCACUGUACUCCCCGCAAUACAGCUUUUCUCCUGUGUUUUGGUUGAGGAGACUCCUGUAAGCAGUGGGGAUGUUCCUACAUCUGAAGAUUUAGGUGAUUCCCAUGAUAUGAACGGAAAUAGUCCUUCUGACGAGGACAGUUACUCUACGAGGAAGUCCAGCUCAACUAUCUCCAAAAGGAAGAAAAGCAAAAAAAGGGGCAAAAAGAAGAGAUUUAGCAACAAAUCGCAGUUCGUUGAGAAAGAGAAUGCUGGAAGAUUAAGUUGGUACUACUCGUUGAAAUCAGCUACUUACAGCUUGUUACAAGCUUUCAGGAAGCCGAUCAUACUAAGACCGAUGGCAUGGUUCUUUCUGGCACACAUCACUUUCCCCAACCUCUCAACAGUCAUGUUCUAUUACCAGACAGAGUUCCUGAACUUGGACGCAGCUUUCUUGGGGACUACUCGUGUCAUUGGCUGGUUAGGCCUCAUGCUUGGGACUUUCGUUUACAAUCGACACUUAAAGACCAUGAAACUAAGAACGAUUCUACUAUACACACAUAUCGGGUUGUCCUUGUUGAGUCUCCUGGACAUUGUUCUUGUCUCCCGAAUGAAUCUUGCCUAUGGGAUAACGGAUAAGCAUAUGGUCCUCGUUGGAUCUGCUCUUGCUGAUGCAAUUAAUCAGUUCAAGUUCAUGCCAUUCCUCAUUUUAUCGGGACAGUUGUGCCCACCAGGCAUUGAAGGAACUCUAUUUGCCCUCUUCAUGUCUAUCAACAACUUUGGUUCCACAGUUGGGUCGUUUGUUGGUGCUGGAUUGGCUUCCUUCCUCAACCUCUCAUCAGGAUCUUUUGACAAUCUCCUUCUGGGCAUAGCGAUCCAAGUUGCCUGCAUCUACAUUCCUGUCCUUUUCCUGUUCCUAAUACCGAAAGAAGCUACUGGGGUAUCAGCAUAG